AUGGAUACGACUGGAUAUUAUCAGAACAUGCGUGAUCCUUAUCGACAACAGCAAGACCACGAUCAGACUGAAUUGUAUGAAUACGAUAAUGAACGAAGCUCGGCAGCUUCACGUCUUGGAAAUCUGUUCGGUACGAAGAUAUUGCACAAUCCACCGAAAAUCUUACGCAAUGCACCGAACUUGAUCGAUUCUCUCCCAGCCAAUGUGAAUCGAACAUUAUUGUACGCAAAACUAUUUUAUUUCUGGUACUUUGCUGCAUUCGGUUCACUUUUCCCAUUGCUUUCAAUCUAUUUCAAACAAAUGGGCAUGGGUCCAUCCUAUUGUGGUAUUCUCAUGGGUUUUCGGCCGUUUGUGGAGUUCUUCUCGGCACCAUUUUGGAGCGUCGUGUCGACACGCUUUCGACAAGCAAAAAAUAUCCUUCUCAUGGCACUUCUAUCGUGGAUUGUAUUCACUGUUGCCAUCGGUCUCAUCAAACCUCCGCCACAUUCAUGUUGGCGAGAAAUGAAUGCUACACAUCAAGGCAUCGAACGUGUAGGAUAUGCAACAACUACACAGAAAUAUCUGACGAAACAUCAAAUGAAAAGACAAGUUGUAACGACGCCCAUGAUUUCAUUGAAAAAUAUUGAGAAAACAAACGAUUUAAUUGAACAAGGAAAAGAGUUGGUUUUAAAUCAAACGAACCCACUUGUUAAGAAUGUUCUCAGCUCAACUCUGAAUCGUGUGACUAAUACAACUAAGUCAUCAUCCCGCCGACGCAAAACAACGACGACCACAACUGCUGCUACAACUGUAACGAAAAAACCGACAACUAAAGCGCCAAUUGAUAAUGACGACGAGGAGGAUGACGAUGUGGAAAGUGGUGAAGAAGACGAUGCAAUUAAUGAAGGUCGUAAACCAACAGCACGGCGAACAACAACAACAACCACCUCCAAACCUAAAUCCAAAUCCAAAUCUGAUAAAAAACCAGUUGGUUCAAGUAAUCUAUUACACGUCAAUACGCCACAAAAGACCAUGGGAAACCCUAUUGAAAUCACCCUAACCAAUCUUUCACUUGUCAAGCCACUUGCAUCGCCUGUUCUAUACGACCAAAAGGAUGUGCGCAACGUCUUCAUGGUUUUCUUAUUACUCAUCAUAAUUGGCGAAUUCUUCAGCGCACCGGCUAUUACAUUAGCGGAUGCCUGCACUUUGACUCAUCUGGGACAAGAUACCGAGUUGUAUGGACGGCAACGAAUGUUUGGAAGUUUAGGAUGGGGUCUAGCAAUCUUCAUCGUCGCUAUGAUACUCGAUCAAUCAAAAUCAUUGACAUUUUACGCUUGUGGAACAAGUGGACCUCUUGAAAAAAAUUACACCGUUUGUUUUGCUGCAUUCAGUAUUUGUAUGACAUUUGCAUUAAUCACGGCGACACGUUUCCAAUUUUCAUACGAAUCAUCUGAAGAAGUACCAUUAAACACACUGAAUAAAGAUUUGAAACGCUCAGUAUAUCCAACUUCGAGAUUGAGUACAAACGAACGUAACAUUCAUAGUAUCAUCAACGAUGACCAACAAGUACAUGUGAACAUCAAACAAUCCUAUCAAGCAUCGAGUGCAAUGAAGCUAAUGCAACUUAUUCAAGUUUUUACGACAUUGAAAAAUGGAACGUUUUUAUUCAUUGCAUGGUGGAUGGGUUGUGGUGUUGGCCUGGUAUUUACAUUUUUAUUUUGGCAUUUACAAGAUCUAGGCGGUUCGCCCACUCUCUUUGGUGUGGCUUCGGUAAUUAAUCACACGAGUGAACUAUUCGCUUACUUCUUUCUCCACGAACUUAUUCAUCGGUUUGGUCAUAUUAAAAUUCUCUAUUUGGGUUUACUAGGCAAUUUUGUUCGCUUUGUUUAUAUAUCUAUCAUUACAAAUCCAUGGUGGGUGCUACCAUUUGAAUUUAUUCAAGGAUUGACUCAUGCUGCUGUUUGGGCGACGGCAUGUUCGUACUUGUCUCAAGCUGCACCGGAAAGUUUACGUUUAUCAUGUCAAGGAGUUUUGCAAGGUUUUCAUUUUGGCUUUGGAAGAGGAUGUGGUGCAUUGUUCGGCGGCUUUUUCGCAUCCUAUUUCGGUACUGAUAUCACAUUUCGUGCAUAUGGUUUUAUUUGUUUGAUAUUCAUGGGUCUAUUCAUUUAUCUCAAUCAACGUUUUCAACAACAAGCUCCUAGUGACUAUGGACAAAGUUUAAAUGUAGAUGAUCCACAUCAAUUUAUGGGCAAUUCCCCACUUCUCGCCCCACAUGGUGCACCAACCAAUCCAAAAUGGCAAACAAAAUUUUCCUCAGGUAACUCAUUCUCGCUUGACCGCCCCGCCGCCUCCAACGUUUCAUUGCAUUGCUAUUGUAUUCGUACAGGUUUGACAGCUGGUAUAAAAAAAGAACAAUCACCUUCCACAGCGAUAUCACAGCUUGAUAAUCCAACAACGACAGGAUCUAAUUGUAAAGAUUAUCAUUAUGGUUAUUGA